UUUUAUCCAACCUGAGUCACACAUAUCGGGAUUAAUAAUAUUCAUAUUUAGGGUGGACUCCCCAUUAAAUUCCGCGCUGAGAGGAGUCAGCACAGAUCAUCAGACAUCAGAGAAGAAGCUCGGCCUCAGCAGCUCACACAAGCGGGAAUAAUGGACUGAUAAAUAUCACUGUUUUGGGCGAUGUUCAGAUUUGUUUGCCAUGGAAACAGAUAUGAUACCAAAAUUCUCCUCGAAAGAAGAGGAAAUUAACUUCUGGAAGGCUCUUUCUCUCAAGUACAAGAACGGCUGUCAGGAGGCGCAGGAGGAGCUGCUGGAGUUUCAGGAGGGGAGCCGGGAGCUGGAGGCCGAGCUGGAGGCACAGCUGGGCCAGGCCGAGCACCGCAUGAAGGACCUGCAGUCGGAGAACCACAGACUCAAGAGUGAGGUGGACUCGCUCAAGGAGAGGUUUGAGCAGCAGUACUCUCAGAGCUACAAGCAGAUCUCCAUGCUGGAGGACGACCUCGGCCAGACACGCAGCAUCAAAGAUCAGCUCCACAAAUACGUCCGGGAGCUGGAGCAGUCCAACGAUGACCUGGAGAGAGCCAAAAGAGCUACCAUCGUGUCUCUGGAGAACUUCGAGCAGCGUAUGAACCUCGCGAUCGAGAGGAACGCCUUCCUGGAGAGCGAGCUGGAUGAGAAGGAGUCUCUUCUUUUCUCUGUGCAAAGAUUUAAGGAUGAAGCCAGAGAUUUGCGGCAGGAGCUGGCUGUACGAGAGAGGAACACAGAUGUGAGCAGGAUGUCCGCCCUGAGCUCCCCCACAGAGGACACUGAGAAGAUGGACACGGCUGUCCAGGCCUCCCUCUCUCUGCCUGCAACCCCAAUGGAGAAAGGUCUGGACAACGCCUUCGCCAACCCCACAGGUCUAUCAAACGGCUUUGGCAGCAACACUCCGUUGACUCCUUCUGCCAGAAUAUCAGCCCUCAACAUCGUCAGUGAUUUACUGCGGAAAGUCGGGGCUCUGGAGUCGAAGCUGGCCGCCUGCAGGAACUUUGCCAAGGACCAGAAAGCGAGGAAGGCGUACACUCUGGACAACGGCAACGUGCUCAACGCAAACACGGCUAACUACUCACAAUCACUCCACACGUCGUAUUUUGACAAAGCCAGGACAGAGAAGGUCACAUUCCCCUCAUUGAUCCUGGGUAAUGACGGCUCCUCCCUGAGUGUCGGGGUACACUAACGCAUGCUGCUGCUGAUUAGAACAAACCUCUUUCUCCGUGUAGAGCUCAUAGACAUUAACCAAGACUGCGGGCUAGAAGAUGACUCCCCAGCCACUAACUUUGUGAUUGUGGUGGUGGGGAAAUGUAAUGGUGCUGGAAUAUUUCUAAUGUCUCUCUAACUCUAAGCUGACUGAAUAGAUCUCUUUCCUACUAGUGUGAGUUGUUGUUUGUUUUGAUCCUACAUAUAACCAUUUAUUAUUAACAAAGAGUUUUAAACUUAACAGAGUCCUUUUUAGUUUUCUACGUUUGAUUAUACCUAAGGAUAAAAGCAGUUUAAUUGCAAUUAUAAGACAGUAGGAUAGUAAAUAUUGCUGGCCGUUGCUUUAUUUUAUAUCAUCAUAAGAUUUUAUUUGUUCAAAUAUGGGUACGUCUGGUGACAGCUGGAUUUGAAUAAUUAAAAAAAGGCAUUUGUCACGUGAAGUCUUCUUUGAGCGAAAUGCUAAAAUACUCACAAUGACAAUGCUAACAUGCUGAUGUGUAUGCAUGCUGAGAUGUAAGCACAGAGUGUGGAGUGCUGAUGUGUACGUUUUGCAGGUAUAAAGUCAUAAAUCAAAGUAUUGAAUCGGAAAAAAUAGCGACUUUCACUCCAAACCAAAAUUGUACCUCAUAGUAUGCUGGAGGAGAAGUCGAGGAAUCACCUACAGUAAGUCAGUAGGAUCCAUCCUUUGGGAUCCAUCAAUAUUUUAAGUUUUACACCAAUACAUCCAAAAGUUGGUAUAUUUAGAUCACGACAACAUUUUGUGGACUGACAAUGCAGUUGGUGUGGCUAAAAAAGGCUUAGUACCAAAGAUAAAGAAGCUAUUCACUGUUUUUAUUAACAAACAGGAUGAAAUAGUGCAUUUGUUGGGGACUAUUUUCAGCAACGGAUUAAUCCACCGUUGGCAAUAUGACACAGAGGAAGAAUAUACAUUUAGUUCAAUCUAAAUAUUCCUUAAAACUUAAUCAGAUGUUUUAUGCACUUUGUAUGCUGCUUGUAUCUGCAGUGUGUUGUUGUGUGAGGUGGAUAGUGAGAGCAGAGGCUGACAGCGUGAUGAUGUGACUGUUUCUGCUGUGUGAGGGAGAACUACAGAGGCAGAGUCUGCAUAUUGAGAUAAAUACACAACACGGUCAUUGUCCUUCUGCUAUCAGAGCAGGGCGUUUGAUAUGUACACCACUAACCUUCAGGAAGGUCAGGAGAUGCCUCUCGUCUUACUGAUCGUAAUAGAGGGAAGUGUAAUUAGAAUAGGGCUUAGGGCUUGAUACCUUUUUGAUCAAUAGCCAAAGUGUUCAUGUAUUCAUUGAUCAGGUAUUUCAUGAUCUAAAAUAUAGAACUUCUCAACCUUUUAGACAAUGGUUUUGUAACACUGAUGUAUAUAGAAGUUUGGCAUACUUUGAAUAAUCCUAAAAAAUAAAAUAAAGCUUUUAACUUCGUGAAACUAGGGUAUUAAAAGUGUAAAAUUGCCUUGGUAUUCAGAAACUCUUAGUAGUUCAAACCCGGCCUAUACAUGUUGCUUGCCAAUUUUCUUUAUUUACAUUGUAUUAGGUCGUUCAUUCCAGCUCUGAAUGGUGCGUUCCAGAGUCACGACUCAGGCCUAAAGCAAACAAAGGGAUUCUGGUCAUAGUUGGACUGCGAGCGACAGAAGAAACCAGUGUAACCGGUCAGAUAGGAUAACGCUGCAGCUUCCUUUCCACUUUCUGCAUUUGAGUUCCAUUUUUAGCUUCAGACACAUAACUUUGUUUGAAAUGCGUCAUCUCUGUCUACUAGCUGCAGGCUCCUCUGUGUAUAAGAUGGAGACAUUAAGAAGGGAUAUAUCCCACAAUUUAAGCAGUUUUUUCUUUUAUUUCCAAUUUCUUUCCCUUUUAUUACGGGAGUUAAAUUCUGCCAGGAAAAUAACAUUUUUUAAAACUGUCAUUACCAUCAUAAUACUAACUUAGUUUUCAAUCAUGAUUUGUCACAUGAAAUCAUAUCCAUUCAAAGAAACAUAAAACAAAGUCAAAUGCAAUCCCGUCAGUUUUUCAAAAAUACCUCAUGUUACAUUCACAUAAAUAAAAUAAGAUGCAUUUGUGAAAUUAUUUAAACAUUAUUUUUAAUCAAAGUUUAGGGCUUGUUUUUUUUAUUUUAUACACAAGUUAUGUAUCUAUCUCUAGAAAAUAAUGAGUAUUUUUAUUUUUGUCAUUCCUACAUUUUCCUGGCAGAAAUGGGCUUCCAUAAUUAUCAGCUUGUUUAAUCAUAACUGCCUUAAUGAAGUGGUAUUCGAUGAAAUGUUAUGGAGGCUUUGCCUAAUACGUCCUGUUGGUAUGACAGUGGCUGGUUAAGGUCAUUUGUGCAACACUGUUCUUUCUGAGACCUUCCUGGUUUAAUGUAACUCUUGUAACUGUUUUUGCAGCAGGCCGGUGAAUGGACUGAAGCCUGGUACCCUGACGGCCAUCACCGCCCCCCCCGCUGCCUCGUCCCAGGGCUUAGUGCCUCUCGCUGUUUGACGGUAAACCCAAUGCAUCGUCCUUCCAAUUGAAAAUCACAUCUAUGAAGACAAGGCCUCAGACAAAUACUGUAAAACGUUAUUGAUGUACUGUUGUACCCCUCUCUGUUGUUCUGACCUGAUACACUGUACUUAUGGGUCGCUGUCUGUAUAUUUCAUGUUACUGUAUCUGCUGUUUGCUCACUGGCUUGUACAAAGAUCUACUCUUCACAAAUGUAAAGAUUUACUAGGAUCUCACCCUGAAUUGCGAAAUAUGUGCACCUUAUCAGCCUAAAAGCAUGGAUUGAUUACUGAUCAGGCUUACAGGCCAUAGGGUCAGGUUUCAGGUGUUCGACCAGGAAGAGACUCAAAAUGACCACAAAGAAACAUGAGGGGACUACAACGAGACACCAAACAACUACAACGAGACACCAAACAACUACAACGAGACACCAAACAACUACAACGAGACACCAAACAACUACAACGAGACACCAAACAACUACGAGACACCAAACAACUACAACGAGACACCAAACAACUACGAGACACCAAACAACUACAACGAGACACCAAACAACUACGAAGAGACACCAAACAACUACAACGAGACACCAAACUAUGAGCCUUAAAAUGAGUCGAGACAAAAACCAACAACAAAGUGAUACCAAAUAAAUACACAAAUAUUUUAAAUGACUACAAAGAGAAACAACUACAAGAGACACAAAUCUAAAAAAAUUACAAAGACAAACAAAUCAACUUCAAAGACACACAAAUGAUCCAAGAGCAAACUUUAACUUCAGAGACUUAAACAUUUACAAAGCAACU